AUUUGAGAGGGGGCGGAUGUGGGUUGCCGAAGGAGUCAACAAACUCUCGGGGGUGCGGCUGCGUUUCCUCCCAAUUCUCUUGUUCUCUUGUAAUUGAAUCCUUUCCAUUCUCCGACUCGCUUCUUUCACCAAACCCACCCCCAUCCUCACCCCCACCCUCUCUUCCUUCUUUGCAAUUUUCAAUUCAUCACUGCCACCUGACCGAUUAACCCAUCUCAAUCCGACGAAAACCCUAUUCAAUUUCCUUCUCUUUCAUCAUUUCAAUCCAGGUAUUGAUUAACAACAGAGAGCCUUGCCAUUGCCAACUGCCACAGUGAAAGGCAUUGUUUUUGAGGUUGACGAAAGAUUGAAAGAACAAUAGCAGCUGAUUUUUGUUAUCGGUAGCUUUGUGGAAUGGCAGAUAAAGCUUGUAUCAAGAGGCUUCAAAAGGAAUAUAGAGCUCUCUGUAAAGAGCCUGUUUCACACAUUGUUGCUCGUCCUGCUCCUAGCGACAUUCUUGAGUGGCAUUAUGUUCUGGAGGGAAGUGAGGGAACUCCUUUUGCCGGAGGGUUCUACCACGGAAAAAUUAAAUUUCCCCCGGAGUACCCAUUCAAACCUCCGGGAAUCAGCAUGAUUACCCCAAAUGGCCGGUUUAUGACACAGAAGAAAAUUUGUUUAUCUAUGAGUGACUUUCACCCGGAAAGUUGGAAUCCUAUGUGGUCCGUGUCGAGCAUACUAACCGGGCUUCUUUCAUUCAUGAUGGACAACAGUCCCACUACUGGCAGCGUGAAUACUACAGCUGCUGAGAAGGAACGCUUGGCAAAAACUUCUCUUGCAUUCAAUUGUAAAAACCCAACCUUUAGAAAACUGUUUCCUGAAUACGUGGAGAAAUACAAUCAGCAGCAGCAAUCAGAGCAGCUCGUUGCAGAACAGGCUUCACCGAAGUCAUCAGAGGAAGGCGAAGGCAAGCACAUAAUGAAAAGGGUGAGGUCCAUGGAAGAGAACAUUAACAAAGCAGAUGGAGAAGACAUGAAAAAAAAUCGAAAGCAGUCGUUUCCUACAUGGUUGUUGCUGCUACUCUUCUCAAUCUUCGGAGUCUUAAUGGCAUUGCCUCUCCUUCAACCGUGAAACCACAUGGGAAGGUUGGAUAGGUAAUGGUAGACAGACUAGUUUUAUGCCAAAUCAAGGAUGCUCAUAUUUUUGCAUUGUACUUAACAUAGUGUGUCUGUAUAGAUGGUCUGGUGUUUAAUGAUGUGGCUUUCAUGUUGCUGAGAGUCUAUUAUGUUUUGAAUAGUUGCUUGAAAACUAAACAAUCCCUUUGUUUGUCUGUCUAUAUAUGGUUUCAAUUACUAUUAAGUAUUAUUAGUUGAGGCAGGACACUGCAGGA